UUCUCGCCUCCCGCAUUAAUCCUCUCGCCUCUCUUCCUCUUUUUAGCAGACUAUGUUGCUCCUCUCUGUGUCGCCUCAACAUCACACACUCUUCUCCGUAUCUAGGGUUUCAUCUUCCUCUUCAUUGUCUUCUUCUUCAAGGCUUCCUCUUCUUCCCAAGCUCACCUCAUCGAUCUUCGCUCGGUCCACCGCCCGGAGGUUCCCCUGUGCGCUCACCUUCGCCUCCAAAGUCCGGAGCAUGGCGGAGCUGGUCGAGGACAAGGAAGCCGGCGUGGCGGUAGUGGCUUCCGGUUCCGGCGAGGGGACAGAGGAGAGUAAGGGGCUCAAUCGCUCCCACACGUUUCUGGAUGCGCGGACUGAGGAAGCAUUACUUGCUGGAAUCAGGGAGGAAACAGAAGCUGGCAGGCUUCCUCCAAAUGUUGCUUCAGGGAUGGAGGAACUCUAUCAGAAUUAUCGAAAUGCAGUUUUUCAAAGUGGAAAUCCCAGGGCAGAUGAAAUUAUAUUGUCAAACAUGACUGUUGCCUUGGAUCGAAUUUUCCUGGAUGUAGAGGAUCCUUUUGUGUUCGAACCUCAUCACAAAGCACUGCGAGAGCCCUUUGACUAUUAUAUGUUUGGCCAAAAUUAUAUCCGGCCUUUGGUUGAUUUCAGCAAUUCAUAUGUUGGCAACAUCUCCCUUUUCUGUGAUAUGGAAGAGAAGCUUCAGCAGGGUCACAAUAUUGUCCUGAUUUCCAACCACCAAACAGAAGCAGACCCAGCUGUCAUUGCCUUGUUGCUUGAAUCAACAAAUCCACUUAUUGCUGAGAACAUGAUCUAUGUAGCUGGAGAUAGGGUUGUAACAGAUCCUCUUUGCAAGCCCUUCAGCAUGGGAAGGAAUCUCUUGUGUGUGUACUCAAAAAAGCACAUGAAUGAUGUCCCUGAACUUGCUGAGAUGAAAAGAAGAGCAAACACACGAAGUUUAAAGGAAAUGGCUUUGCUUCUAAGGGCUGGAUCACAAAUAAUAUGGAUUGCACCAAGUGGGGGUAGGGACCGUCCUGAUCCUCUGACCAAAGAAUGGCAUCCAGCACCCUUUGAUGCAUCUUCAGUGGAUAAUAUGAGAAGGCUUGCAGAACAUUCUGGGGUUCCAGGGCAUAUUUAUCCCUUGACAUUGAUGUGUCAUGACAUCAUGCCUCCUCCUCUCCAGGUAGAAAAAGAAAUUGGGGAGAAAAGAUUGAUCUCUUUUCAUGGGACCGGAUUAUCAGUGGCACCAGAAAUUAAAUUCCAUGAAAUUGCUGGUUCCUAUGAAAACCCUGAUGAGGCUAAGGAGGCUUAUACACAAGCUUUCUAUAAUUCUGUUGUUGAGCAAUACAAUGUACUCAAUUCUGCUAUACAUGGAAAACAAGGUCUAGGGGCAUCAACACCAACUGUUUCAUUGUCACAACCAUGGAAUUAGUCAAACAUUUCUACCUCUCUCAUAUCCUCUUGCUUUAUUACUAGGUAUCUUUCACUCGGCUAAGACAAUUCUUUAAACACAAUUCUGUGACCCCUCAACCCCAGGGUGCUUGCUUGCUGUUAAAUGAUAUUGUGCAACCACAAGAGAGGGCUGUUUCUAAUGGCCACGACUCCCGCUGGAGUUUGUCAUCUGUCAUCAAUUUUUGGGUUCUUUCUGUUCCUUUAUCUGGGAGGUUUUGAUGGGGGGUUAAAAAUUGAUCAGGAAUCGGAGGUGUCUCAGAAGUUGGAUAUCAGGUGUGUGGUGUACAUAUCUGUCUUAGUUGUUGUAAGAAUUGUUCCAGCCAUUGAUAAGCAGUUUACAUGUAUAUUCAUAUAUCAGAUUUUCUGGAGAUGAUAGCUUUUGUUAUAUAGUUUUAUAGAUCUUUUACUUGAGAUUUUCUUUAUGCUAGCAGAGACUACGGUGGUGUUUGUUUUUUUA